GGUGCAGCACUCACGCCGCGGCAACGGAUAGACCAUCUUGGCUCAGUGUCAGCUCGGCCGUCAGAGAAGAAGGGUGUGCUGCUCCGUCCCUCCGUAGCUCCCUCGUGUGGUCUUCUAUAUUGCAUGUGUCCUCCUUGGUCUCCCCACACAGUCGAAGGCGAAGACACAUCACUCUUCAGAAGGAUGUGGAACCGUAUCCUGACAUUCCUGGCGUGGACGGGCCUGUGGCAGCCCCCCCUCGAGGUGUUCAACAGAGGCGCCCCCGUCACCCGCACCCCCAUCAACUCGUCACAGCUCCUCAAUCUCACCUCUACUUUUAUGACCAGCCUCUUGGAAGGAUACGCCACGGAGAAUGGGCGGCAGGUGUCCUACCAGAACCUGGAGGAAAGCGUCUUCUUCCAGCAGGGCUUCGGUCAGCUGGGCUCGCUCCUGCAGUCUGCUGACCCGCUCUUGCUUCAACCUGAGGAGCGCAAGACUCUCUUCCUGAACCUAUACAACCUGCUGACCAUCCAUGCCAUCGCCAGCAUGAACCCCCUCCCACGCAGCACCAUCAGCGUGCCGCAGUUCUGGCGCCGCUAUGCCUACCAGGUGGGGCCCUACACGCUGCACCUGGACGACAUAGAGCACGGCAUCCUCAGAGGUAACCGGCCGCACCCCACGACGGGCGACACGAUGUUCCCCGCCAAUGACCCCCGCCUGGCCCUCGCAUUGCCCGCCGACCACCGCAUCCACGGGGCACUCAACUGCGGCGCCCUGAGCUGCCCGCCACUGCUGGCCUUUGACGUGGACCAGCUAGAGCAGCAGAUGGACGACAACUUCCACAAAUUCUGUAACGGCAGCGUGAAGCUCCUCUCUGACAACAGCCUGCUCAUCAACUCCAUCUUCCAGUGGUUCAGAGUUGACUUUGGGUCCACGGAAGGCUCGGUCCUCGAGUUUUUGGCAGAACAAGUAGAGGACCCCACUAUCACCCAAGCCCUUGUUGAAGCCUCCCAAGGGCAGCGCCGCUUCAACUACAACUACGACUGGACUCUCAAUGCUGUCCAUGGCAGCGCUGGCGAAAAGGUGAGGGUGGACGUGUACUUCGAGUCCCUGUGCUCGGACUCCAUGCGGUUCUUCACCAACCAGCUGUACCCCACCUGGACCCAGCUGCACGACAUCAUGGACCUGCACCUCGUCCCCUUCGGCAAGGCAAAGGGCACACCUCAAAGCAACGGUGACUACAGCUUCGAGUGCCAGCACGGGGCCAACGAAUGCCACGGAAACAAGGUGAUGUCCUGCGUCCAGAGCUCCUUCCCCAUCGACACGCAGGUCAAGAUGACGCACUGCAUGAUGGCCAAGAACUACCCUGCCUACGCCGGCGACCAGUGUGCCCGCGAGCUGGGUCUGGACUGGGCGCCGCUGGACUCCUGCUCCCGCGGCAUCCUCGGGUCUCAGCUCCUCUACCAGAACGGCCUGAAGACCGCCGCCCUCAAGCCGCGCGUGUACUUCAUCCCCACCAUCACCAUUAACGGGAAAUACGACAACGCCCAGCUGAGUAGGUCGAUGCGUUCUCUCAAGGAUCAGAUCUGCGAAACCUACACCGGACCGCCCCACCAGAACUGCCUCUAAACCGCACGCCUUGAACCAGAACCCCGCUACCCCAGUUCGAACCCCGCAGGAGAGGAGAGUUCUGCCCUUCCACCAAGACUCAACACCACCCACCACCACCACCAGACCCGUACCACCACCACAACCACUAGACCUGUACCACCACCCACCACCACCAGACCCGUACCACCACCCACCACCACCAGACCCGUACCACCACCACCACCACCACCACCACUCUGGGUUCAAGGUGGCAUAGACUUGAGUGGCCAUCACCUUCACCCUCAAGUCAACUCCUUCUGAUGUCGCCCUCGAAGAAGCAAGUCAUCUGUCGUAACGAAGAGAGGAACCAGGAGCCAGUAAAUAAUUAUACACUAAUCUAAUGAUGAUGAUGAUGAUGGUGACCACUAUACAACACCGCAUCAUAUCUCAAGUUCAUGAUGAUCAACCUACUACCAGAAUCAUAAAACUACCCCUGGAAAUGCCUGCAGCUCCUAAGAAAGCCUUGCCAAAUGUGUGUGUUUGGGAGACGAAAUGUUUAAGAGUACGGCACAAAAAGAAGAGUUACCGAACGACAAAGAGGAGGAACUUCUUCGAUCCCAGAGCAGUGACCAAAUGGAACAAUCUCCCCUUCAGUGUUGUAGAGAUCCCCAGCGUGAACUCUUUCUAAAAUAAGUAUGACAAACUGUAAGCAUAAUCACUGAGAAGAGGCACCAUUAUGAGUUAUUUAGCUCCCUAGCCUCUUCACAAAGACUCCUCCAAGUAUCAGGGAUCAUUGUUGCCAAGACCGGAGAGUCGCGCGUGAGUACAAACAGCCAUGCAAACACCGUCACGUAAUGUAGUUGGUCGCCUUAAGGGGCUAUUACACUGGGCAAACUUUCCGUGGAUAUUCAGUCAAACCACGAUUUUCGCUAGCGUGGUUUUCAUUUAUUUCUUGUUAUUCCUUUGGUGAAAUCUACUGUAGCUUUGGAAGAUUUUGGACACGUCAGAAAACCACGGAAAUAUGAGAACCACGCCAGCGGAAAUCGUGGUUUGACUGAAGAUCCACGGAAAAUUUGCCCGGUGUAAUAGCCCCUUAAGGCAGGUCUCACGUCUACCUGUAAUACGUUUGUCCUUAUGAUUGUAGUAAGGCCUGUAUUCUCACUGCAACGUUGCCAGAUUGUCGUACUCAGCCUCCUAUGUUUGCCGAUUUCCGACCCCCAAAACCCACAACAACCUCUACCAAAGCCUUGUCGAACUAUCACUUGGCUCAUAAAACUACCCAUAAUAACCACUACAACCUCAACCAAAGCCUUAUCCAUUGUAGGAGUUUGAGCCCGGAAAUGUAUGAGAAUGCUGGCCUUUCUUAGUUUUACCCAAGUGUUUUAACAUAGGUGAGUACAAACAGUCACAUAAAACACCUGUAAUGUAGUUUUAUCACCUGACUAAAAGAUGCUUGGCUGUAGAAAUGCAGUAGAAGUCUUUGAUAUUGUAGUUCGUCACGCCAAGACCAGAUGGCGUAGCUGCCGCCGUAUCAGUAGGGAGUAAUCUUCCUUCCCUUAGGCCUCUCGUCUCUGUAACACGUUUGGCUGUAAUACAUAGAACACGUUUAAUUAAUUGUAAGUAGUAUAAAGAACUUAAUGUUGGUUUUGUAAUCUUGUAUCAUCUCAGGGCAUAUGCCUUUGUAGUACUUUACCAUACUCUGUUCACGUUACCCUCGCGAAUAAGCCCCGCCCACAUCCCCUUUAAGAGCAUAUUACUACCAACUCAGGCUGAUUGUGAUUGGUGGAUGCUGGGAAAGGCUAAUUCAUAUUGGUGGAUGCUGGGAAAGGCUAAAUCAUAUUGGUGGAUGCUGGGAAAGGUUAAGUAAUAUUGGUGGAUGCUGGGAAAGGCUAAGUCAUAUUGGUGGAUGUUGGGAAGGUUUAAAUCAUAUUGGUGGAUGUUGGGAAGGUUUAAAUCAUAUUGGUGGAUGCUGGGAAGGGUUAAGUCAUAUUGGUGGAUGCUGGGAAAGGUUAAGUGGAUGCUGGGAAGGGUUAAGUCAUAUUGGUGGAUGCUGGGAAAGGUUAAGUGGAUGCUGGGAAGGGUUAAGUCAUAUUGGUGGAUGCUGGGAAAGGUUAAGUGGAUGCUGGGAAGGGUUAAGUCAUAUUGGUGGAUGCUGGGAAAGGUUAAGUCAUAUUGGUGGAUGUUGGUAAAGGUUAGGUCUUAUUGGUAUAGUGCAGUUUUAAUAGCCUCUCCAAGUUUUUGUUUUGUAAUAUUGGGCGAACCAUAUUAGAUUUAAGUUUUUUUUUUUUAUGGGGGUAUUAUUUAAAGGUGAGAAGGUUCGUUCAUCUCCAUCACUUUUAAUCUACAGCGCUCCUCGGCUCGGUUCAACGUUAUUUUCACCCUCUUGAGUAUGUCGUUGGGUGUAAACAGUUGAAAAAAAUACAUCGCUCUUUUUUACAGUAUUUUUUUUCGCGUUCAUUGCUUCCUUAAUUUGAUCCGCCACCCUUUUAGGUUAAGACGAUGCAAUAAAGAAAAGAAAAUACUGUGAAUACUCGUGGUGGUCUUCGUAAAGUGAUAGAUGUUAAAUGCGUUGAACAGACAAAGCAAGGAUGGAGUGAAAAGACCAUGGAUUUAUUUUCCUUUCCUCUAUCAAGUAGCAGAAUGACUGUCUUGGUAUGUUAAGAGGUCAUGCUGCUACUACUACUACUACUACUACUACUACUACUACUACUACUACUACUACUACUACUAUUGCUACUACUACUACUACUACUACUACUACUACUACUACUACUACUACUACCUUCCUUCUUUGUUUCUCUCUCCUCAUCCCUGUUCUCUUUGUUCCUUAUUAUUUCUUUUCCCUUUUCUAUUUUAUUCCUUAAGUCUUCUCUUCAUUUUCUGCUAUUUAGCCUUUUUUUCUUCCUUUCUUUAGUCGUCACUACUACUACUACUAAUACUAAUACUAAUACCACUACUAUUUUGUUUUGUUUGGUCUACGCGCCACAGGUGAACUCCAUGCAACACUAAUUAAGCCAACUCUCCCGGUCUUGUGUUUCGGCUCACCUUUCUUGCGGGGUACAGGUGCGUGCGUGGGGGGAGAGGGGAGACGGGGGGGUGUACCUGACAUAACUCAACACUCUAAGAAGUGCCGAGGUGUGCUUGCAUAUCUCCCCGUGGUCAUGGUUCGGGUGUGUUGGGCGAUAGGCAGAUGUGGUAGCAAGGACUCCGAGAACUGAUGAUGAUGAUGAUGAUUAUGGAAAUUAAGAGCUUUUUCAUGGCUUUUGUUGUGUUGUGUUUGAGGAAUUACUGAAGUGAGCUGUUUAUUAUUUACUUAUGCAUUUGUUUAUUAUUAUCAUUAUUAUUUUUUUUUUAUUAUUGAUGAUGUUCUUGUUACUACUAUUACGACCAUUAUUACUAUUAUCACAACAACAAAUAGAGCAAUAACUACUUAGGCCUACUACCACUGCUGCUUCACGUACCGCAACACAACAUAACGUAAUACAUAGCCAGUUAGUUAUCUUGUGUUUCUUCUCUCCCGUGAGGGCCUGACGCUGACCACUCAACCACGGCUUCCCCAAGAAUCUCGUGUGAUUUACUUAAAACUGAGGCAUUACGGGAUAGCUUUAGGUCGGAAACUUUAAAUCACCAUGAGAAUUUUUUUUAUCGUCUAUGCUACAAAUACGAGUUAUCAUGUAUAGUGCCCAUCAAUAAAAGGUUACAUACUGUUAUAUUUCUUCCAUCUUCUUCAUAGUACGUUAAAAUCAGCAGGGAAUAUUUUUAUUUUAUUAUUUCAUACCACAAUUACGAGUUAAUAAGUAUGUACAGUGCCCAUGAAUAAAACAAGAAAAACAAUA